GGAGGCGCUCGGCCGGCCUGGCUGGCCUGAGUGUCGGCGUUGAGGAGCCUCCGCGCUCGGAGUAAAGGUCUCGCCGUGCUCGUCUUGGAUGUAUGUAGCGCUUCCCUUGGCAGAACGGGCCCGAACGCGCCUGUUUUCUCUCAGGGAAACGGUUUAGAGAGGCUUUUGGGUUCUGCUGAUUUCGACCAUCUGUGAGCAGGAUAAUUUGGGUUGCAUUGUGUUCUAGCGUCUCCUAGACCUCAGCAGCAGUACUAGCCACGCAGAACCGUGCCUGGGUGUCUGGGAAUAAGGAUUUUUUUUCUUUUAAAUACAAAACUGUGAAGAUGACCCCAAAACAUGAAAAACAAGAAUUUGUAACUGUCUUGGUGCGAGACCCUAGGACACAGAAAGAAGACUCUUGGCAUUCAUACAUAGACUAUGAAAUAUUCAUUCAUACAAACAGUAUGUGCUUUACAAGGAAAACAUCCUGUGUUAGGCGACGCUUUCGAGAAUUUGUUUGGCUCCGGCAGAGGCUUCAGAGCAAUGCUGUGCUAAUACAGUUACCAGAACUGCCAUCUAAAACUCCCUUUUUUAAUGUGAACAAUCCCCAUCACGUGGACCAUCGUCGGCAGGGUCUUCAAGAAUUUCUUGAAAAGAUCCUGCAAAAUGCAUUAUUGCUUUCAGACAGUAGGCUUCACCUCUUCUUACAGACUCAGCUAAGUCCUGAAGAUAUGGAGGCUUGUGUAUCUGGACAGACCAAGUAUUCUGUUGCUGAUGCGAUUCAUAAGUUUGCCUCUUUGAACAGACGUUUUCCUAUAGAAGAUGAAGAGAGAAAAAAAGAAAAGAACGAUGCAGACUCUGAUUCAGAGAGUUCAUCCUCCGGGCUUGGACAUAGUGAUGACAGCAUUUCACGUGGAUGUAAAGCAAGCUCAGCUUCUGAAGAAUCGUGAAAAAUCAGUUCUGUAUUGCUCUCCGAAGGACAGUGCAAAGUGGUUUCCGCUAUGUUUACUAGUUACAUGCACCACGUAAACAUGAUUUGCUAAUAACAUGUACCUAAAAGACUCGUGGUCAAUACAACUAUAUGUCCCUGAAGAGUUUUUGAAACAGACCUUGAUAUUAUUUCUUUGUUGAUUUAUUAUGUACAUUGAUUGAGGUUUACAUGUUACCUAUCACAUUUAGGUUUUUGCAACUGUUAAAAUCUCAGUAUUGGGCUAGUCAUGCUCUAUUGAUACAUACGGCAGUUAAAAUAUUUUCCUUAGUGACUGCAUGUCUUAGAUCUGGAAAAUCAAGAUAACUUAAUUCCUCAGCUUAAAAGUUCUUAUAUCAAAUAUAUUCAAAGCAUCUUUUUGUAAUUUUCAUCAUAGAAGUUUCAUCUUUAGAAGUCUUUUGACAUUGGUGAUGAAAUUAAACACCCCACAAGAUAUUAACUUUUUAAAGUAGCUCAGCAACAUCAGCAAAACAACCUUUGUACAAACUGUAUGCUGCUGACAAUUUGAGAUAUAAAUAUAUCUUCCUCUGGUCUUUCUCUGAUGUUUAUGGAAAGCUUGUUUUUAUCAUGCAUAAGAACUGAAGGCCAAAAUUCUCAAGUAUGACUGCUUAGAAGUUAGGAAUAACAAAAAUGACAUAAUUUUGAGGGUUUCUAAAGGGGCUUAGUUCCCAGGGAAUUAUGUAUACUCAUUCCCAGUGAAAAUCCUGGAUGAAGUCCAUUGAAACCAAUGGCUAAAUUUUCCAUCAACUUCACUAGGGCCAAGAUUUCACCCUACAGGUCUAACUUUAGGUAGCUACAUUUGAAGAUGUCAGGACAGAGGUUUUAGUUUAACAGCUUAAAUGGAAUCUAUUUCUCUCUCCAGGAUGAUGAUAAUCACAUAGCUAUAACAUACUGUACAAAUGUGCACCUCUCAAAUCUUUGGAAAUAACUGCAGCUGCUGAUUUCAUUGUUACUGUAGUUAACACAUAAGAAUAUUGACUUUUUCACAAACAAAAGGCAGGUUUGAACACAACUUUGUAACCACCAACACUUACUUUGAUUAAAUGUCAAUUUUGUUCUUUAUUGUUAACAGCAGCUGCAUAGUGUCUUGCCCCAGAUUCUGUCAAUGGAAUAUGUUUCACUGUGGUGUUGUGUUUAUAUUUGACAUUUAACUGCUAUUAAAAAGAGCUAGGGGGUCUGAUCACCCUAGCAAAACUCCCAUUAACUUCAGAGUUGUAGUUACAGGCCUAAAAACGGAUUUUUUUUUAAGAAUUCUGUGUCUAGUUUCAAAGGAGGAACAUUUUAAAUCUGUGAAUUACAGAAACAAUAGAUUAUUAAAUGGCCAGGUAAUAAAGGUUAGCAUGUGUGGGCAUGUUUUUUCAAGCAUCCAGCUGGGAAUCUGUAAUUUUAGAAACAUGUUUUAAUAGCCUGAGGAUAACAUCUCUUAGGUAACUACUUUGAGCCACUAUUUUCUGUUGAUGGUAGCACUUCUGUAAGAUAAAUAAUUGUGUUUCCUUUUGUUCAGUUUUAUUGAAUUGCACAAAUAUAUCUCUCUACCAUCUCAGCUUGUAUACAAGGCAGCAGCAAAGCUAUUUUAUUGUAAAAGUUAUAACAUUUAUUUAAAGCAGCAAGUUAUCUCUAGAAGUAGCUAAAAGAUGGCCGUUUUUGCCAGGCAGUGAUGUUUGCUUUUUAAGUUAUAACAUUACUGGAAAAAUUAUUGUUUAGCAAAUUUAUGUAAAAGAUGGGGGAAAAUGUCAAAACAAACGAAAACUGGGAUAAUGUCUGUCAAAAAAGAAUGUUUUUACUUGAUACAGCGUUAGGAUAGUGGUUUUUUUUGUUUUGUUUUAAAAUGGUGAGAUAGACAGUUGAAGCACUUUACAAUUCUUGGCCUACUUGCACAGGUCUUCAAUAUUUGACUAAAAAUACAUAAAUAAAAGGAUUGGAGAAUCUUUGUAGCUGCUUUUUUUUUUAAAUUCUAGGAGCAUAUCUUUUGUGUGUCAGAAGAUGUUUUCCAAAAAAAGAUAUUUCUGAACUCUAUACUUGUUUCUAUUGGUUCUAUUGUUACUCUGUUAUUUUCUUUAUCACACUGUUCAGAAAUAUCAGUACUAUUAACAAUACUUUCUUUGCAUCUUUGAUGGAAAUUUGUUUAAAAUAUUUAUCUGUUGAAUGUUAUUUGUUUAGCAAGUACUACUGGAUUUUUCUUAUUAAAGAAGAAUGAAAAGUAUUCUCUGUUUUAGCACUUUUAUUUUGUUAUCAACUAUUAAAGUGCAUAUAAAUACUUUAUAGCACUUUAAUUGGGGACAUUUAAAUAUAAUUUUACAUUUAUAUGUAACCCCCCCUCCCCAUUUUCUAACGUCUUAUGUGACUUCAAUGAUUGCAUGUUUUUAACACUGGCAUUUAUUUUGACUCUAUAAAAACAUCAUUGGUAUUUUGAUUCUCAGUUCUUAAUUUUGACUAAUGCUGAUAUUGCUUGCUAUUUUUUCAGACAGGCUAAUACCUAAAUUAUAAUUUCAUCUAAUUACUAUUACUAAUUUAUAUCUAAUUACAAUGAUUCCAAUUUGCACUCAAAUAACCAAAAGCCCUGCCCUUUUUUUCUUUUUCUUUUUUUUUUUGCUUAGAGCUUUAUAUUCUGAUUUAGUAUGAUGGUUUCUUAACAACUUUUAUGUAACUAGAUAUAACAUUAUCAUUUUUAUCUUGUCUUUAAAGCAGAUAGUAAGAUUUACUUUAGUUUCAAUAUCCUAAUCACCUUAGGACUUUCCAUGUGUAGUUACUUUUCUUCAAAUAUUUUUGAUAUGUAUUUUUUGUUUUCUCUUUUUUUUAAGAAAAUGUAAACAAGUGAAAAUAUCUCCAGCCAUAUAUCCUGUCAAAUUGUACACCGUGUUUAACUUCAGGGUAUUGUAAACUAGUAUUAAGAAACCUGUUACUUAAAAUGUCACUGAAAUAUACUUGUAAGAAAGAUGAGAAAAAUUUUCUUUUGGAAAGAAAGUUGUUCAUUUAUACAGCAGUGCUGUUUUAUAAGCACUAAGAAAGUUUAUACUCUUAAAUGUACCACCAUAUAACACUGCAAAAUUCUGUGUCCUAGAUUUUUUUGAAAUAUGUAGUAUGUUGACAUUUUUUCAGAACAGUAUUUAAAUUACAUAGCUACACAAAAUUUGUCACUUACUCUGUUGUAAAAUACAAGAUGCACAUAAAGUGAGUAAAAGAGAACUUUUAUGUUUCUUUGUAGUUCUUAGAGGAAUGGGAUCAGUGAAAAUGACCCACGUUUACACCACAGAGGCUUUUUCUCCCUAGCUUUUACAAUGUUGUACUUUUACAUUUUUGUUCGUGCAUUAAUAAAGAAAUCAGUAUUUCCAAUA